CUAACCUAAGCAUCAAAUAGAUGUAAAUAACAACAUCACCUAAGUCCACUACAUGGCAUGGUAACAUCGGGUGCGCAAAGAUCAGAACACGUCACGGGCGUGGCGCAGCAGCUGGCGAUCUUUCGACUGAACAUAAUUGGGGGAAAUAACGUUGGCACAAUUACGCACUAUUAGAGAGGACUCGAGUAAUUACUGAGACAAUUUAACGGUGCGAAUAAUUACCCGUCCCUACACUAUAAAAAUGAGUUCACGAAAACCGUUAUCUAAAACCAGUCCAAGGCCGCUACACGAACUUGUUGUUUACCGACCACAGCAGCUAGAGAGUAAGGUAUGUGUCACUUUCAUGUCUUUGUUGUGGUUUGAAGUUUCAUAAUUUUCUUGAAAUAUAAGUACAUUUUGUAGAGAAGGCCUGCAUAACUCACAAUGUAAGGCGGGCAUCUUGUAGAGCAGGCCUGCAUAACUCACAAUGUAAGGCGGGCCUGCAUAACUCACAAUGUAAGGCGGGCCUGCAUAACUCACAAUGUAAGGCGGGCCUGCAUAAAUCACAGAGUAAGGCGGGCCUGCAUAACUCACAAUGUAAGGCGGGCCGUAAUACUCAAUGAAAAACUCGUGCGGGCCAACUAAAAUAGGACAGGACUUUUGAGGGCCAAAAGAAAUUGGAACAGUGGGGAAAGCCCUAAGAGAAUGAUAAAAAAUAAUAUUUUUUUUACUACGCGGGCCACAAAGUGAGUGCUGCCGGGCCUCAUGUGGCCUGUUGUAGAGAACACAUCUUGAAAUUAAUUUAUGUUAUUUGUGGCUGAAAUUUUUAUUUAAAAUAUAAAUUUUAGAGCUUUAAAAACAGAUAAAAUUGAAAUUAAAUUGUGAAAUCUUAAAGGAUAUAUUUUUGAUCAUGUAAUUAUUUCUUUAAAAAAUGUAAUGUCAAUACAAAAUUGUCUUCCUAUGUAAUCUAAAACUCGUUCACCUUCCUAUAUUUUCUAAAGCUCUACACCAACGGGACGCUUAACAUGUCAAAUAUAUUCAAGGGGAUUUAUUUUGGGUUGCAAAUUAACAUAUUAUGAAAUUUAGAUGUACCGUACAUACCACUUUAAAUAAAAUAACUCGAAAAAGUUUGUUUUGCAUAUUUUUCAUAUUGUACACAAUUUAAAAUAACUUUUCAGGAAAAGAAACUGAUUACAAUGAAAUCCUGGAUUAAAUUGUUUCUGAUUGGCUCAGUCCUGCUGGCUGCCGCUAACGCCGUCUACAUUCGUAAGUUUGUCUUACAGAAGUAAUUUGUUCAGAGUUUGACUGUGUUCAAAAGACAACAAAAGUGAUACACUUUGAGAUACUUCCCAAGAUAAGACUUGUUCCCCUUCAUCAGUCUAAAUAAUAAGGAUUGGGAGUCAGUCAUUGUAGAUAUUAGAAGUUUAAAUCUGAAAUGAAGCCACCUCUCAAACUAAAGAAACUGUCACAUCCAUCAAACAUUAUCAUCGGUCGAUUAAAAAACAAACAAACACUAAUAAAUUAAUCUUUAAAAAAAUAUAACAUUAAAAAUGAUUUACUUUAACGCGUAAGCUUUACAUGCCCAACUCCCCCACCCCCCCGCCAAAAAUAAAAAAAAUAAAUAAAUAAUAAAAUAAUAAUAUUUGUUUACUGUUGUUUUUCUUACUAAAAAAAUAUAAAAUUAAAAAUUAUUUACUUUAACGCGUAAGCUUUACAUGCCCAACCCCCCCCCCCCCCGCCAAAAAUAAAAAAAAUAAAUAAAUAAUAAAAUAAUAAUAUUUGUUUACUGUUGUUUUUCUUACAUAAAAAAUAAUUCAAAACUUUCCGCGAUGAAGAUUUAUAUUUGCAUCCAUCCGUCAUCAUACUUCGACUUUGUUUUUAUUAGCAGCUUUUCGAGUGGUUUAAGACCCCGAUACCUGAAUGGCCUUCUCGGCUAUACACGUUUUAGCUUUUGUUGCUAAUGGCUCAGCCUUCUAGUCUGGCUCAUGCCUUCUAGUCUGCUCUAUGCCUUCUAACCUGGCUCAUACCUUGUAGUCUGGCACAUUCCUUUCGUUCUGGCUAAUGUCUUCCACUUCUGGUCUCUCUGGUGUAUUUGUAGCUCCGUCACUGCCAUCCAAUUUGUAGCUCCGUCACUGCCAUCCAAUUUGUAGCUCAGUCCCUGCCAUCCAAUUUGUAGCUCAGUCACUGCCAUUCAAUUUGUAGCUCAGUCCCUGCCAUCCAAUUUGUAGCUCAGUCCCUGCCAUACAAUUUGUAGCUCAGUCCCUGUCAUCCGAUUUGUAGCUCAGUCACUGCCAUCCAAUUUUUAGCUUAGUCCCUGCCAUCCAAUUUGUAGCUCAGUCCCUGCCAUACAAUUUGUAGCUCAGUCCCUGCCAUCCAAUUUGUAGCUCAGUCCCUGCCAUCCAAUUUGUAGCUCAGUCCCUGCCAUCCAAUCAUGUAGCUCAGUCCCUGCCCUCCAAUCAUGUAGCUCAGUCCCUGCCCUCCAAUCAUGUAGCUCCGUCCCUGCCGUCCUCUCAUGUAGCUCAGUCCCUGCCCUCCAAACACGUAGCUCUAUCCAAUUUGUAGCUCAGUCCCUGCCAUCCAAUUUGUAGCUCAGUCCCUGCCAUCCAAUCAUGUAGCUCAGUCCCUGCCAUCCAAUCAUGUAGCUCAGUCCCUGCCAUCCAAUCAUGUAGCUCAGUCCCUGCCGUCCUAUCAUGUAGCUCAGUCCCUGCCAUCCAAUCAUGUAGCUCAGUCCCUGUCAUCCAAUCAUGUAGCUCAGUCCCUGCCAUCCAAUCAUGUAGCUCAGUCCCUGCCAUCCAAUCAUGUAGCUCAGUCCCUGCCAUCCAAUCAUGUAGCUCAGUCCCUGCCAUCCAAUCAUGUCUCUUUUCCUCCCUGCCAGCUCCCCAAACAAAAGGUCCCCAAUAAUGGGACCAGUGUCUAUAAUGUUGACAUGCUCCGUCUAUCAUCUUAGUAAUCAUCCUAGCUGUCAUCCUUGUUAUCAUCCCAGUUGUCAUGUUUUUUUUAUACAUAUCGUAAUUUUUUUUUCGGGUGGAAGAUAGGCCGGAGGUUGGGGGAGGGGAGGAGGGUCAAGCUUACAAAACACAGUUUCAAAAUAUUAAUUGAUUUAUUUAUUCUGACCAUGUCUUGUUGCUACGCCAACAUAGAUUCUUGGUCCUGCACAGUGGAUGGCAUCAAGUACAACGACGGCGAUAUAGUCCCAGUGUCACAGGAUCCCGAAUGUUGGGUGUGCCGUUGUCACGAGAGCGGAGACAGAUCCGGCGUCAUGUGCGCCAAUGAGUACUGUCCUUCUAAGGGGUAGGUUGUGUAUAUUGUGUGCGCCAAUGAGUACUGUCCUUCUAAGGGGUAGGUUGUGUAUAUUGUGUGCGCCAAUGAGUACUGUCCUUCUAAGGGGUAGGUUGUGUAUAUUGUGUGUGGCAAUGAGUACUGUCCUUCUAAGGGGUAGGUUGUGUAUAUUGUGUGUGGCAAUGAGUACUGUCGUUCUAAUGAGUAUGUUUAGUACUAUCUGUCUAAUAGAAGGCGGUGUUUAUUGUGUGUGGCAAUGCGUACUGUCUUUCUUAUGGGUAACUUGUGUUUAUUAUGAAUUUAACUCAGGAAUGGGAUAUUCAUGGGUCGGACAAGUUUCUAUGAUAUUUAAAAAAAAACUCAUUUAGUUUUCUUUACAUUUGUGGCAUUUUUUUUGAAACACUUUGAAAUUAUUAUGGGUGGUUUACAGGGGAUUUAACUAGUUUCUUCUCUGUGCACGAUAAAGAGGUUCACAAUGAUUUUAUAUUGAGAUAACUGUUAUCUACACCUUGUCACUGAGACUUAUAAAAUGUCCACUAAUCUGUUUUAUUUUGUUUCAGACCAGGCAAGUAAUUGUCAUUCACUGAUGAAGAAGACAAUCUGAUAAUCGCUUCCCCUUGGGAGCUAUUCAUAGAGAAAAUGUUAAUGAACCUCAAAAUGUAAUCAUAAAUACUUGUUUAAAUUGUGUCUCUGGAAUUAAAACUAAAAACUUGUUUAUAAUGUAUGUAAGACCUUAAACAUAAAGAGCUGUUUAAAUGUGUCUCCAAUAUUAAUCCUAAAGACUCGUUUAAAUUGAUUCUCUGAAUAAAAUCUGGAAUUAUUCAUCAAUA